CACAGUAUUCUCCUGUAUAAAAGACAUGCCCCUCAGCUGCUAACUCCUCAGCCCUUCUCUUUCCUUCGUUUUCACGGCUCACCCAGGUGCAGGCAGUACGUUCAUUCUUCCCCAUCCGGUUGUCUUCUACUAACCUCAUGACGCGACAGCCUAUUUUUGAAAACCCCGUACAUUCUCAUUAUUCUCAUUUUUAACAUACCUCUUUGAUUUUUACUUUUCAACGUUUUUAUAAUACUCAUCGUCCAUCAUGCGCUUCGCUACUCUCGUCGCUCUCGCUGUCGUCGCGUCAACCGUCCCUAGUCUCGCUGCCCCUGCUCCAUACUUCGCCAGCCGAGUCGCUUCCAACCUUGACAAUAGUACCGUCGAAUCAUCUUUAUGCAACGGCACCUUUCAUCACCUUAAUGGGACAGACAUCCUGCAGCAUGUCAACGACACCAUUCCUGAAAUCAAACAAUUCUGGGGUGGUCUGGUCGGCCUGACUGUCAAUGGGACAAGGACUAAUUCGUCCCUUACUUCCAAACGCGACAAUACCUCCGAUAUCGUCCAAGCCAUUGAAGCAGUGCUCAACGAGCUGCCCCCUACAAGGAAGCGCGAUACCACUGCAGACAUUGCUGCCGCGCUCCAGACUCUCUUGGACGUAUCUGGCUCUGUACCGAGUGAUGUUAAGAGAGAUUCAGCCUCCUCAGAUGUCGAAGACCGCAGUCUCAAUUUCUCGGACAUACUUUCCAUCAUCACGACCGGGUUCCAGAACGCCGGAAGCUUGGAGGGUGUCACCAAGCGUCAACCAUACUCAAUUCCCCCGGUGGAAGAGCGUAGCCUCCUUUCACCCAGUGCUUCGUCCUUGCUGAAGAACAUCGCGAAUGUCGUUAGCAUAGGAAUAGGUGCUGAUACCAUUGCGAACGCCUUUGGUGGGAGCGACAGCACCAAGCGGGACUUUGCUUAUGAUGGGGACUCCAUUACCCUGGUCGACGAGCGUAGCCUCCUUUCCCCCAGUGCCUCGUCCUUGCUGAAGAACAUCGCGAAUGUCGUCAGCAUAGGAAUAGGUGCCGAUACCAUUGCGAACGCCUUUGGCGGUAGCGACAGCACAAAACGGAACUUGGACCAAACGUUUGGUGGAAUUGGUGGAGUUGGAGGAAUCCUGGGUUCAGAAGCAGUCCAGAUGGAAGAACGCAGCCCCGCCAUUUCUUCCAGUAUCGGAAAUGCCCUGGGGAAGUUGGCGACCAUAGCUAGUGUGGGGGGCAACAACGGCAUGAGGCGCGACCUUGGCAUGGACUCGGGACACAAUCAUGACCAGAAGCGCGUCGUCUCCUCCGAUAUCGAAACCAUCCUCCAGCAGAUCGUAGCCUCUUUUGAGGGUGCUGUGGACCCAUCAGGAAGCACUUCUGCUUCUACCAAGCGUUCUACCGGCGUUCUAGGCCUUACGGAUAUCAUGACCCCGGAGCAACUUGAGGAGAUUUUGAACGAUUCAUAUUACGCGUAGUAUUUAUUGAUGCAUACAUUGGAGGCUAGUUGGAUACUUAUUAGCUAGCAUGCCGAUGCUAAUAGCAUUUGAGAUUGUGCGCGUUA